AUUUUGGACUGUUCCAUCCAUUAACCUCCCCUUCCAAAUGGUUCGCUCCUUCGUCUUUUUUCCCGCCCACUCCGGUUGAAGCCAAAACAGAACAUCAUGGCGAUUGAUGGUGGCGAGCGUCACUGUGGAGUUCAUGAGCUGAUCUGCGUCAGAAAAGUUUCUCCAGAGGUGCUGGGGUUUUUGACGGCCAUCGGGCUCUUCAUCAUCCUCAUGACUCUCCUCUUCUGGUACCUCAACAACAAGUUGGCCCUGGAAAACCCGGGCAGCCUUCAGUGCCUUGAUGACUUCAGGAAAAACUCAGAGCUGCAAGACAAGGCGUCCUCUGAGGCCGACCUGCAGGACUCCUCGUCGGACAGCGAGGACGAGCUGAUGGGUCAGUAUCAGGAAGCGGUCAGCCGCUCCCAGGGUCUCCGCGGAGGAGGAGCCAAGGCCGCCUGCCAUCCCAAACCCCUGGGAGGCUUCAGCUGGGAGAGCCGGCAGAAGUACAGCCCCCUGACCGCRGAUUACGGCGGCUACAGCAGCGAGGCCUCUGCCGACGAUG